AUGUCUCUACUCACCAAUUACGAGGGGCUUCGCCAUCAGAUCGAGAGGCUGGUGCAGGAAAAUGAGGAACUGAAGAAGCUGGUGCGGCUCCUUCGGGAGAAUCACGAGCUCAAGUCGGCGAUCAAGAUGCAGGCGGGUGGCCUGGGCAUCAGCGGGUUCAGCAGCAGGCUGGGCGAGGCAGCGACCGACCCUCCUCAACACCAGGGUAACUGUGUCUUCCCGCCCCCGGCCCCGGCAGCAGCAAACGAACCCGUCCUGGAAGAAGGGAUGGCGGCUCUGGUGCCCCUGGCCGACACGCUAGACAGCCCGCAGCCCAGCCCCGCGGCAGGCCCCGUCGUGAGCGCCCGGAUGGGCCCUCUCAACACGCUGCUGCCCGGCCUGGGGCCCAUCUCACAGAGCAGCCCACUCUCCAGCCUCCUGACUGGCCCCCUGAGCGACCACCUGGCCAGCCCCGUGGCAGUGCCCCUGGCGGACACACCGGCCAGCUCCCUGGGCCUGCCCUCGACUGGCCCCCUGACUCCCAGCAGCCCCCUGACAGGCCCCCGAGCUGUGCCUCAGAGCAGCCCCCUUAUGGACGCUGUAACAGGUUCGGUGGCCCUCUCUCUGAGCAGCCCCCUGCUCACCUCCACGGCUGCCCCCCUAGGUGUCUCUCAGAACCUUCCGGCCAAUCCCGUGAGCAGUCUGGUGCUGUUGGAGGCCCCAAGGGUGUGGCUGGCAGAGCCGCUGCAAGGAUGCCCCUCUGGACCCCAUCCCUCAGCGGGUGGGGGGCCUGCUGCCACCGCAGAAGCCCCGCCCUCCGCUGAGCACCCCCAGCCCGCCCAGGAGCCUGAGCCCCUCAGCAUGACGUCUGUGGGUGCGCCCAUGCAGACCUCCACGCCCGUCGGUCCCAUGGGCACACCCAGCCCCGCGACAGCCUUCUCCUACGGCACCCCAGACGCCCGGACACAGCCUGGUGGCCCCCAGGGACAAGCGGUCUCUGCCUCUGUCCCUGCCUCGGCCACCUCCUACAACAUCACCAUCCUCGCCUCUGCCCUCACUCCCACUCCCCAAGCUGCCACCAGCUAUAGGCCCUCAAGCACCCCGCACCCCUUUGCCCGCACGCACCGCUCCCCGACCCGGCUCUCACCCACCCUCCACUCCCCUGCACACAACCCCCACUCCCCGCCUCGAGCCUCGUCCUCACCGGCUUCAGUCAACGACACCCGAGGUCCACGCGUGGCAGAGCCGUCUCGGAAGAGCAACCUGCAGUUGGAGCGGAAGCUAGCCCACCGGAAGACCGGCAAGUUCCCUGACAGCUCCCGACAGUCGAAGCAGCUGGCCUGGGAGAGGCUGGUGGGGGAGAUCGCCUUCCAGCUGGACCGCAGGAUCCUGUCCAGCAUCUUCCCCGAGCGUGUCCGGCUCUACGGCUUCACGGUCUCCAACAUUCCGGAGAAGAUCAUUCAGGCCUCCCUGAACCCCAGUGACCACAAGCUGGACGAGGAGCUGUGCCAGACACUCACACAGCGCUACACGAGCAUCAUGAACCGGCUGCAGAGCCUGGGCUACGACGGGCGGGUGCACCCGGCACUGACCGAGCAGCUGGUGAACGCCUACGGCAUCCUGCGGGAGCGGCCCGAGCUGGCCGCGUCCAAGGGCGUCUCCUACACUGUGGAUUUCCUGCAGCGCGUGCUGGUGGAGACCGUGCACCCCAGCAUGCUCGCCGACGCGCUGCUGCUGCUGUCCUGCCUCAGCCAGCUGGCGCACGACGACGGCAAGCCCAUGUUCAUCUGGUGA